UCUUCCCCUAUCACCUCCUUCCUUUUUCUUCUCUUCUUUGUUUUUUCUGUUUUAGAAAUGAGAGAGAGGAGUCCAGCAGGCUUGCCUCUAGGGCCCAUCCCUAGGCCCAGGCCGGCCAACCAGUCUCCACCGCGCUGGCCCAUUUGGCCAGGGCAUCCCACAGCCCAGCCACCUAACCCUAGCGCAACCCCAUCACGAUCGAUACCUCUCCCUCGUCUCCUCCUCUAGCGCCGCCAGAAGCCCCAUCUCCCACGCAGCGCCCCAUCCGCUCGAUCCCCGUGCUCCAGCCGAUUCCCUUGACCCUCUCCCUCUGGUUCUCCUAGCGCCGCCAGCUCCUCCUCCAUGUCGCCUCUCCGCAAACCCCGUUGUUGCUUCUUCCAGCAUCGCACGGCGCGUCCAGGGGACCAAUCCCCAUGGCGCCGUCAUCUCAGGCCACGCCGCCGGCGGGAUCCCGCGUGCCUCCGCCCGGAUCAGCCUGCGCGCCGUUCCCGCCGACCUCGACCUCCAAGGAGACCAACUCAUGGCCGCCGAACCCCUGCCUCGACUCAGUUCUCACCGGAGACGCCGUCGAGCGCCCGGAGCAGCACCUCCCUCCAUUCCCUGCGCCGCUGCAUCGCCGGAGCAGAAGCUCCAUCUGCCCCGACCUCCGUCUCCAGCAGUUGCCGGCGAGUGAGCCGCUGUCGCGACCGCCCGCCUCGUCGCGUUCCCCUCCGCCUAUGUCCGCCUUGUUUCAUCCCUGUUAGGGCCUGCCUCCUGUCACUGUUGCGCUGCGGGACCUCGAUGCCGAGUGCCACAUAGUUGGAUUCCUCAUAGUCACCACCGAACCCGUUUGUAUACUUUUGCUGUCGGAUGCGCCAAGUCCAGCCGGUCCGGGACCACCUCAAGUUCGACCACUGCACGGAUACGCCAAGUUCGUCUACGAACCGUGAACAACUACCGUCGACGUUAAACGUGUACCACUACCGCCGCCGGAACGUCUAUAGAACAUGUACCAUCGACCCUUGAAGAACCGUGGACGUCAAGAUCCUCGUCGUGACCUCGAACAUCUACGGAAUGUGCACGACUACAAAAUGGGUACCACUACCGUUGCCGAAGACCCGUGUAACGGAACCGUCAAGUUCGACUACCGUCAUGUGAACAACUACUUCCUCUACCAUCGCCGAGUACCACUACUUCCCACGGCGAUCGUGAACGACUACACUGCUUGACCCGAACCGCUCCGAGAACACACGCUUCGAAGGUAUAACCAUCAAGACGACAUCCGUGAUCGAAUGCUUGUGAUGUUUGAGAUGCUCAUGUUCGAACCGUGUUUGAAUUGUCGAUGCACGUUGCCCCUCUUUUGCCUUGUUACCAUCGUCUCAUGGGACACCCGGAAUCCGGGAGCGCCCCACCAUCUUUUGGACGCA